UUCAGUACUCAGACGCUUGUUCAACGCAGGCAGGGGAGCUGAACGAGCUGGGUCAACACAGGGGACCUGAACGAGCUGGGUCAACACAGGGGACCUGAACGAGCUGGUUCAACACAGGCAGGGGACCUGAAAGAGCUGGUUGAACACAGGCAGGGGACCUGAAAGAGCUGGUUGAACACAGGCAGGGGACCUGAAAGAGCUGGUUGAACACAGGCAGGGGACCUGAAAGAGCUGGUUCAACACAGGGGAGCUGAAAGAGCUGGUUGAACACAGGCAGGGGAGUUGAAAGAGCUGGUGACAUUUGACAAUAUAUUGGCAAAGAGGGACAGAACCAUGGCUGAAGCUAUACCACUCAGAGAGAUGGAGCUGAAACGGCUGCCUGAGUCUGAUGGGUGUGGCUCAACACAUCAUGAUGGGUCUGGUUUGACUGCUGACCUGAGGAUUGUGUUGCUAGGGAAGACUGGAGCAGGGAAGAGUGCAACAGGAAACACCAUCCUGGGGAAGAAUGUAUUUAAAGUCGACUCUUCGCCUGCGUCAGUGACCGGACAGUGUGAGAGACAGAGUGGAGAGGUCAACGGGACGACGGUUCAUGUGGUUGACACACCGGGCCUCUUCGACACAGCCAGGUCGGACGAAGAAGUGAAAGAGAAAAUAGAGGAGUGCGUUAACAUGUCCGUCCCGGGACCCCACGCCUUCCUGCUGGUGAUCAGGCUGGGGGUGAGGUUCACAGAGGAGGAGAGGAACGCCGUGAGGUGGAUCCAGGAGAACUUUGGAGAGGACGCCUCCAUGUACACCAUCUUGCUGUUCACCUGUAAAGACCAGCUGAAGGGGAAACAGGUGACAGAUUCUCUGAAGAUGUGUAAAGAGCUACGGAGACUCUCCAUCACUUUAGGCGGCGGGUAUCACUCGUUCAACAACGACGCCAAAGACGACCCCGCUCAGGUCCCAGAGCUGCUGGAGAAGAUCAAAGAGAUGGUGGAGCUGAACGGAGGAGAGCACUACACCAACGAGAUGUACCAGAAGGCUCAGAGGAAGAUCAGAGAGGCGGAGGAGAGGAGGAAGGAGGAGGAGAAAAGAAGGAAGGAGGAGGAGGAGAGUAAAUUAAAAGAAGAGGUAAAGGUAGAGAUAGAGAAAGAAAAGGAGGAAGAGAAAAGGGAGAAGGUAGAUAAAAAGAGGAAUCUCCGCAUCGCUCUAGCAGUAACAGUAGUGUGUGUAGUAGUAGGGGUGAUCAUAGCAGCUGCUGCUGAUACCACAGUGGCCCUGGCUCUAGCUCCACUCUUACUGGUGCUGGGAGCAGCCAGUGGAAUAACGGCGAUCUGCCUAAAGAAUGGAAGGUGUGGAGCUAAAACACCUGUCUCUGUAGCUGUAUAACAAUCACAUACUGUAUACCUCAUUAAGGCUGCUUUUACACAGGCAACACAAUUCUGAUCUUUUGCCACUAAUUGUUUUUUUUUACCAAUCCGAUCUCUUGUCAAUAAUUGGGCAAAAUAUCAGAAUUAGGCUGCCUGUGUAAAGAUCAGAAUUAGGCUGCCUGUGUAAAGAUCAGAAUUAGGCUGCCUGUGUAAAGAUCAGAAUUAGGUUGCCUGUGUAAACGAAGCCGAACAAGACCAAACAACAGAAACAUAGAUUGAAUGAUAGAUAGAUAGAUAAAAAUUGUCUUAAAUCUGUUCCCUUAAGUAUUUCUCUGGGUGUCCAGUGAUCUAUUUAUUUAAUCAUGUGUUCAGGGAUAACAUUUAUGAACACUUAAUAAAGAGAAGUAAAGAGUCUGA